AUGAUAGACGCUAGGGACUACACUACUAUAGAUUUUAUUAAAAGUUACGUCAUUAACGAACAGAAACCAACAUGCGUGAUAAUAAAUAAAUUAUGUUGGAGUUCACAGCAAAAAGUAAAAUUAGCAGUCGAAAUAUCAAAAGCCGGAUUCAGAUUGUCGGAAACACCAGUUCUAACAACGGAAUACCUGUAUCAUAAUUUACUAUUCCUUCUUGAUUUCGAUUGUGCUAAUGCCCCUGAAGUUGUUUAUGAUGCUAUUUCAAGGAAACUUUUCGCAUCACCAUUUCGUUGGUUAAUGCUAUCAAGCUCGUUAAAUGUGACAUCAUUUUCAUUAGUUUUGAAUAGUCCAAUAUUGCCAGACAGUGAUGUAGUGUUAGCAGAGAGAAUCAGAUAUGGUUUUAAAUUGACCGAAAUUCACAGGACGUCGCUCAGUGGUUUCAUGGUGUAUAAACCAAGAGGCUACUACGAUGGUACUAUGGUAGACAUCAGACCUCAUAGAGAAAUGUACCGGAGACGCAAGAACGUGAUGGGACACACUCUUACCAUGGCGAAUGUGAUACAAGACAGCAACACCACACAAUACCAUUUGCCAAGAGAGGACAGAUUGUGA